CUGAGAUUCAAAACCUCUGAUGGAAGUCCACCAUUAGGCUCGGCACUCCCGAACGGUGGGAAAGAGCGAAUUAUCAUUAUGAAAAUCCCCUAUAUUAGUGCCUGACGGAGAUACUUAAAUAGAAUGCAGUCGGUCACAGCGGACCAAGGCUAUGGUGACUCUGCGGGUUCUCCCAUCACUGAUUCAGUGGUGCAGGUGUGCUUCUCCAGGGUGCAGACCUCAGUGCUGGAUAGCCUGAAUCGACAGCGUGAGGAAGGCCAUCUCUGUGACCUCUCCAUUCAUGUUCAGGGCCAAGUGUUUAAGGCCCACCGAUGUGUGCUGGCUGCAUCGUCACCUUACUUUCACGACCAGGUGCUGCUCAAGAACAUGUCCACUGUCUCCAUCCCGGCCGUCAUGGACCCCCUGGCCUUUGAGAGUGUUCUCAGUUGUGCUUACACUGGCCAGCUGCGAAUGCUUCGUGAAGACAUUGUUAACUACCUCACCGUUGGCAGCGUGCUUCAGAUGUGGCACAUUGUGGACAAAUGCACUGAGCUUCUCAAAGAGGGCAGGGGGGGUUCAAGUGGACCUCAGGGAUCCGGAGAAAAGGAAAACGAGGGGCACAGUGGUUGUCCCAACAAGGUUGCCCAAGCAGAUGGAGGAGACACCUCUUCUACAUCUCAGCCUCCAAGCCGACCUUCGUUCAAUGAGAGCCAGUCACCUAGCAGCACCAAUUACUUCAGUCCUAGAGAAGCAAAUUUUGGAGGGGGCAUGGUGACAACAGGAGCAGUAGGGGAGGGUGCUGUACACUCUAAUCCAAACUACUGCACCCCUUCUGGUGGGGAGGAGGGUUUUAUGAUUGAAGAAGAUGAAGACGAGGAGGAGCUCUUGUUUCCCAGGAAAAGAGAGCACGGAGGAGGCAGCAAGCGGAAGAACACAACCUCUGUAUCCGAUCAAGAGGUUGGGGAGAGCGACAGUUUUGGAGUUUCGUCUUAUCAAGAUGGAGAUUCCUCACCACCCCAAAAGCGUCCAUCAUAUAGUCAGCCGAGCAUCAUGCCUAGGAAACAGUGGGUGGUGGUAAAGACGGAGCACUCGAGAGAUGAUGACCUGAUCGUGGUGUCAGGAGAGGAAGGCGGUGAAGAUGAAGAGUUGCGAGAGAUGGAGAUGGUCAGAGAAAGAGACAGGACAUUUAACAUCUCCAAUGUUAGGACCCUUUCUGGACUUCGAGAAGAUACUGAAUUGGAGGCACGGGUUGACUAUUGCCAGUCCUCAGAAGACUACCUCAAGUAUGAGAGGGGUUUGAUGGACCAAACAUCCUCUCAACACCCUCCUGACAAUCCCAUUCAAUGUACCAGUAGGGCCGUUUCCACCAUGCUUGGCUCAGUUCAGUCUUCGGCCGCAAGAGCUCAGCUCUUCCCUCUGGAUAUGCAAGGAAACCAGAUUCUUCUGUACAAUCAGGCUGCCCUAGAAUCUUCAUCUCCAUUAGGGCUUGCCGGAGGUAUGUCUGGUGUUUCAUUAAAAGGAAGCCUGGAGCACGGGGCAGUCCAUUUACCUGCUCAAGGGGCUCUGAGUAGUGGGAUAGAAGGAUUAGACGGCGGGGCUGGCAGUUCUGGUAAGGCCUUCAUGUGUCAUUGCGGGAAAACGUUUUCGCACAAGAGCAUGCGGGACCGCCACAUCAACAUGCACCUGGACCUGCGGCCUUUCAACUGCCCCAUCUGUGCAAAGAAGUUCAAGAUGAAGCAUCACCUCACUGAACACAUGAAGACCCACACUGGUCUGAAACCUUAUGACUGCCACGGCUGUGGGAAGAAGUUCAUGUGGCGCGACAGCUUCAUGAGGCAUCGCUCACACUGUGAGAGACGCAACAGGGGCGCUGGCAGUGCCAACAGGAGAGUAGGGUCGGAAGGGUCUAUAAUUUCUCCACCACAUCACAUGAAGCUCCAUUCCUCAGGCAAUGAGCCCAGCCAAGGUAGCAUUGUCCCACAAAGUGGGAUCUCUGUUGUUUCUCCACAACAUUCGAUUAGCAGCAAUGACAUCUCAUGUCUCAACAUGGCAGCACCUGGGCCUCUUCUAGGAAUCAGUUCUCAAACUGGGGCGCACAGCCUUGGUUCUGGUAUUUUAGGGAUUAGUGGCAGCCAUAGCGGCUGUGUGGAGGAUGUCUGUGAAGGGAAUGUUGAUGAAAGCAGGGUCACAUAGGCUGUUAAAAGAAUGUUCCCUGUUCAAGACGAGGUAAGCUCAAUGGACAGGAUUUUUGGCAUAAUGUUGAUUACCACAAAAAUAAUUCAGACUUGUACCUUGUUUAUUUAAAAAAAAAAAGUUACAGUUACAGUGUACGGCACUUACAAUGGAAGUGAAUAGGGCCGGAUGCUAAACGUCAAAAUAAAAACAUUCAAAUAUAUAGCCUCAAGACGUAAAUAUUAUAUGAGUUAACAUGAAUUUGGUGUGACAAAAUCGGGGAUUUACUGACAUUACAGUGUUUACAAGAUUUAAAGUUGUAUUGCGGUCAUGUCUUCAUGGCAACAAAGUUGUAAUAUUGGAUAUAACUUUACACCGAUAAGGUAUGCAAGCGAUUGUAUAAUGCUAAAAUCAUGUUAACGCAUGUAGUGUUUGUCUUGUGGCUAUACUUUUGAAACCGUGUAUAUUAGUGUUUAUCGUCUGGCCCCAUGUACUUCCAUUGUAAGUGCCUUACUGUAACUUUUUUGCUAUUUUUCAAUAAACGAGGGACUAGUCGAAGUUAUUUUUGUGGUAAUAAAUAUUAUGCCACAAAUGCUGUCCAUUUGAGCUUAUUUUAUAUUGAAUAUGGAACAUUCCUUUAAGCUACGGUGUUUCAUUUCAAGACCACCGUCCCUCAAAACAAGGACCCUCUUGUGAUUUUCAUCAGUUUUAAAGGGACCACACGAACAAUUGUCUGAUUCUUUACCUCAUCCCAUUGUGGUGUGUUUGGAAAUAAUACGAAUUACCAAGUGCCCAUUGCAAGCUUACCUGUGUAUCUAGUUCUUAAAGAUGUUUAAGAUCAGUGGAACCUUUUUCUGGCCAGGAAUACGGUCAGUCACUCUUGCAUACAACCUGCCUCACUAGCACAGAACAUUUGUUCGCUGUUGCUCUAAAGUGCCAUUGUGUUGUACGGUGAACAUUACUAUAGCCGUCUAAUGACUGUAUAUAACAGAAUAUUCCACCUUUGAAUGUUAAUUUAUUGAUUUCUUGAAGGGAAAGUUCAACUAAAAAUGACAUUUGUCUCAUUUAAUUAGAUUGUUUCCAACACCUUCUAACUUUUAAAUGCUUAGAACCCUAUAUGCUUUUGUGGUCCACAGAAGACAGAAAGUCAUACAGGUUUAGAGCAAAAUAAUGGUGAGUAAACGGUGACUAAAUGUUAAUAUUUAUUUGAACUAUCCCUUUAAAUAACAGGCAUAUAGCUUCUUCUGCACUUUGGUGUCUUCUUUGCUUGGAAGCAGUGCAGGGUGGUUGGAUUGCUGAAUUAAUCAACUUAUGGUCCAUUUUUGCAUUCCUAUAUAUGUCCUUUGACCUAACUACUAGUAGAGUUGCUUGGAACCCUGGAAAGACGUUUGUUUUUUUGGGAUUACCAAACAAUAGAUGACUAAUGGAAAACAGACCUUUUCAAAGUGAACUCCUCCCGUAUUUUAGAUGUAGCCUGCAGUGUACCAGUAGUGAUAGUUUUAAAAAGUUUGCCUUCCAUGAAGGCUUUUGAGAAACGAUUUGCCAUGUUUUUAUAAGGGUAACAAAUAGAUUUAAAGCUUGAAUGAAGUAUGCAAAUGACUUAGUGGCAUAGAUGCAGUAUUGUGCAAAAACUGAAGUUAUCAUUAACCAAUGUCAUUGUAAUAAUACGCUAUUUGCAGUCAGUCAUGAUUAAUUUAUUCAGCGAGUGAAAGCGUUCAUUUACAGGGGAUUAUUGAGAUGAAGCAAGUAUAAUGCGACUGGUCAUGAUCUCAACAUGGUGGUGCACGUUAAUUUUCCACCGGAAUCAUAUAUUCUCUUAAUAAAAUCUUAAAAAUGAUUAUUUCAUUCUGUUUAAUAGUUUAGCUAUUAGCAAAACAAAAAAAUCACUGGGUGCACCUUUAAGUGAUUUGUUGAUGUUCUGAUGCAUAAAUGCAGUGAUCCAUUGCUGAAUUGUAUUACGGAUGAAUAUGUUGACCACAAAAACCAGAUACCUCAAGCUUUAUCACAAAUAUUCAAUAUAUUAGGAGAAAUAAACAGGGAUCUAAUGUGUGAACCAGAAUGAAUCGCACAUCUGUUGCCUAUCCACACAUUCCUACGACUUCAAAAUCAAAUGGUGAGAAAAAUGCUGUAGAGAACAUUUAAAAUAUGAUUUAAAAAUGUCCAGUACCAGCAGGUAAAAUCAUGAUUCAGUGCUUGCUUAUUGAGUAAUCUGGUUAGACAUAUCUGUCUUAUGAACAGAUAAAAAUUGUGUUCCAUCUACAAUUGUUGUGAUGAAUCUGAACUUGAGAACAAAUUAACUGGAUUACAAAAACAAUUGUGUAAAUAUUUCACGGGCAGUAGCUAAAUAAACAGAUUCUCUGUUGUCUGAUGUAAAUGGAGUACAUCAAUAAUUUUCUUAAAAGAUUCUUCAUUUAAAAUAAUAAAGUGACAUGUGCAC